AGAAGAAUUAGAAUAAGAUUAGCCUAAAUUAAUUAUGAUAAUUAUUUUUAACAUGUAACCGUAACAUGUUGACAUGAAGUACGUAGCGUCCUGUAUUUUAUUAUUUUAUGCCCAAACUUGGUCAUGGUAAGUUAUAGCAGAGCCAUGAUAAUCAUAAUUAAAAUAAUUAAUAUAUAAUAUUAUAAUAUAGACUGGGAAAAUAUUCAGCCUACCACGGCCACGGAGAAAAAAAGGCGUGGGGUGGGGAGGUGGAACUAGAUCUAUAGUAGUCUAUAUCAAAGAGUAUUAUGCCAAUAUUUUUUUAUGAUGAUAUUUUUCUAUGAUUAUAAUUAUGACACUAGUCAUUUAAUUUAUAGUAAGCCUAUGCUUAGGUACUCGACACAAAUUUUAAAUAGUGUCAAAUUGCCAUGAAAGUUAAAAUUGAAAGUAUGCUUACGACUAUAUUAUAAUAGUAUUAGUUAAUAGAUUCUCUUAAUACCUUUGUAGAUAUGUCCUACCUUUUUUGUUGUAAUUAAUAUAAUUCAAAAUAGAUUAAUUGAAAUUGAAGCCCUAAAAUUUACAAUUUUAUUUUAAUAAAAAUAUUUCUACUUAGUUAUGUUAUAGUAUAGUCAUAGUAAUUUGUCAAUUGUGUCAUUAAAAUAAAUUACUAUUAUUAUGAUAAGUUCAGAUAAGCUCAGAUUCUUUUACAUUUAGUUUUCUUGAUCUAUAUAGAUGGAAAUGGGAGUUGGUUAAAAUUCAAUUCAAUUUCAUCACAUAUUCAUUUUCAGCUAAUGGAUGAAUUUUCUUACCAAGAAAACAUUUUUAAACUAGAACAAUUUAAAUAUUAUAGGCCCUACAUCUCAUUCUCAUUUCUGACAUUCAUAUGGCAUGGAAUAUCUCAAGCACAAAAAUCAGCCAUCACAUACCAUAAAAAAACUCACACCCUUCCUUAGUCCUUAGUCUUAGACUUAGUGACACUAUGGCCUUUAACUUUAAGCGUGAUUAUCUGACAGAUUUAUGGGGAACAAAUAAAUCAAGUCCUGAUUCAGCUGAUUUUAAGAUCAAAUACAGGUAUCUGUGAUGAAGAGAGGGGAUUUUUCACCAAUUUUUUCAGAACUGCAAAUACAUUUUGUUUUAAAUAAUUCUUCAUGGGAAGGAAGUUUUAUUUUUGUGAUUUAACUGGCUUUUUUUAAUAAAUAAUAUAUCCAAUAUUAUAUGUUAUUGGUGUUUGAUGAGAAAUGAUGAAUUCCCACACCAGCAGGUAAUACUCAAGCUAGGCUGCCUAUUGUUGCACUAUAGAAUAUGUUUUUGUUUUUGUUUUUUGUGUUAAUGCUGAAAUUGUAUAAUUUAUUUACCAUAGAAAAUUCUUUGGUUUACUUUUUAAAUUUAGAAUUUAGGCAGUGGUCAGUAGUAACUUUUAUGUCUCUACUUGCUUUAUACCAGGGGUUGCGAACUUUUUUGGCCAUAUAUUUUUAAGACUACUUCUUCUCCAUACUCGACAGGAAGAAAAUCAAAGACUUUAACUUUAAUUCAAGAGGGUUUAUAAAAUCUAUUUAUGUAGUAAUUAUAAUUUAAAAUAUAUGAAAAUUAAUAAAAGGCUCAUUAUGGAACAAAAGGAUUACUUUGGGAAAAAAAAUCACUUCAAAUUUUGGAGAAAUGAUGUUUCAUUUUGAUACACUGACAUCGAAAUUUUGAAUUUUUGUAUUAAAUCAAAGCAAUUAGGAUACUGACUUUGGGGUUAAAUAAUUUUUAUGGGUUUUUUAAUGUUUAUUGGAAUGAAAUAUCCUUGUUGGCAAAGGCAGAUCAUUGCAAAAGGCAGCAGCUUUUGACCUCCUCCUCGAGAACAAUUUUAAAAGCCUUUGAAUCGAGGUUUUGAACUUAAGCAGUAGCAUCACUAUCUUAUCUGAGCGCAGACCUCACCUGGUGACACCACAUAGGCUUCAAUUUUAAUGAUACCUUAUAGCCUUCAAUUAAUAAUUGUCAAUAGCCUACUUUAGAUGUUUUUGUCAUAUUUAAAUUUAAAAUUGAUGAUAAAAUUUAGACAUUACCGUAUCUAAAAUUAUAGUCUCUUUGAAACAUAUUACAACAUUGUACAUAAUCUUUAGGCCCUUUAUUUUUAACUAUUUUAUAAUUAUUAUUUACAGCUUUCCUAAAAAGACCCCAAAUUGAAGUGGGACCAAAAUGACUGCAAGAAGUUUUGGUAAAAUUUGAUAAGUAAAGUAAUCUGUCAUCUAAUGCUGAUAAUAAUGUAUUUGAUACAUGGGCGCCCGCAGGUAGUGGCAAGGUGGGGCACUUGCCCCCCCCUGGAUUGAUUGGAUAAAAAAUUUUUAGACAAAAAUUUUAUUAAAGUAAAGAGAAAAUAAAGAGAAAGUAACUAAGCUGAUGUCCUGUCCGUUUGUUCACCAUACAAAUACGCUACAGUAAAUUAAAACUAUAUUAAAACAUUAUUAAAAAAUUUGUGCCCCCCCCUGGAAAGUUAAUCGAUUUUUUGCCCCCCCCCUGGAAAGUUUUCUGCGGGCGCCCAUGAUUUGAUAUAUGCCUUAAUUAAGCCAGAACAUCUCUAAGUUAUUAUUAAUUAUUUACAAAUUUUUAUUUAUUUAUUGUUGUAAUAUUUUAUACUUUGAAUAUCUUCUUCUUCUUCUUCUUGUAUAUAUUAAGGGCCCACGAUCAAUUUAUUGAUCAUUUUGGCUCCUAUGCAUGUAGAGGGGAUUUGCAAUGUUUCUGUGCCUGGUGCUGAUGAGGAUAUUUCAAUAAUUACAAGUGCUAUUUUGUGAGGGAAUCAUGCAAAGGGGUUGGAAGGCUUGAGUCAAUAGACGCAAAUGUGUCUAGUGUUGUCGCCUCAACUGUUCCUUUUGAAAGCUUGUUCCAGUCCCUGAUUGUCUUGGGCAGGAAUGAGCAGUUCCUAUAAGGGCUUCUUGCUGGUAUGAGCCAGAAUUGCCUGUCAUGGCCUCGUUGCUGUCUAUGGGGAAGAGGGACGAGUUUUUGUUUAAAUACUGCAACAAUGGACCAGCCCAGUGUUUCAAGCAUGCUGCCAACACUAGAGGUAUUCCUGCAUCAGUUCAGGACAAAGCGUGCUGCCCGUCGCUGGACCCCCUCCAACCUGUCAAUGCUCUUCUGGAUAAAUGGGUCCCAGACUGAAGAUGUAUAAUCUAAAACCAGACGGAAAAAGGCUUUAUAUGCUCUUUCUUUCACACUGGAGUUGCAAAUCUUUAACUAUCUAUCUAAACCUGUUUAUAUAUGCUACUGGUAGCAAAAUAGCUUUGUCUUUUAUUAUUUUAUGUAUCAGUACAAUGUUGUUUUUUUUAUUUUACAGAAGCAGGGUUGGCAAAGGAAGUCAUUAAAAUUCAUUUCCAAGACCUAAGUAAAAAUAUUCAUGAUAUUCCAAUUAACGAAGAACAUCUUGAGAUAACUGUUUUUAAGGUAAUUUAUUAUGUUGAAUGCUAUCAAAAUCAAUUUUAAUGCUUAUUCUUGGGUUUGUAGUUCUUUUGAAAAUAUUUUUGAGAAUGGCAUGCAGCCCUGGAUUAACUAUUAAGCAAUAUAAGCAACCUUUUAGAGCAUCAGGAUGAAGGAGGCAAGAAAUAAAAUUUUGAUUUAAAAAAAAAUUAAAAACCCAUAAAAAGUCAAAAUAUAUAUAUUUUUUUUUUCAAAUGAUGUGCCACAUAAUGUUGCCUUACCAUCAUCUAAAAGUGAAAAGUAUUUUUAGGCCAUGGUAUGGCAGAUUAAUGCUUACCCAAAGGAUCCUAAUUUCAUUCAGCAUCUCUUCUUUUACCCAAUUAAUUGUAAAGUGUAGAAUGAUGCAAAACUAACUUUACAUAUUUGCCAAAAUGUAUCCUUGCAUAUAGAAUUUGUCAAAAAAUUUUCUUUGCUUCUCAUUUUUGCUUGGUAGACUUUAACGCCCUCACUCUCUGUAAUAUCCCCCACCCCACUCAAUCAAAGUAAAUGUACCAGCAGCAUUUUAUCUAAAAAGCACUGUUAAUAGAAUAGAGCAGGGUUGUCAACCAUCCAAAAUUGUAAGACCAAUCCGUAAAAUUUUGACAUGCAAUCAUUUUUUCCCUAAAUAGCGCAAUAAAGCUAUUAUAAUACAAUUUUCCAUAGUAACAGAUAGUGACCCACUUAGAGUAAAGAAAUUUUAUUACUUAUUCCACUCGCUAGGUCUCAAAUACUUGCAAGGCUUUGUUUUUGCUAUGUUCAAAGCCAACUUUGUCAUUCUUUGCACUUCCCCCCCCCCCCCCCCCCCACAUAAUGUUUACUCUGGGUGACAAGGGAAGUUAUACCCCCAGUUUCAUAAGUGGUUCAAAAUAUUAAUAUUAAGAAUUUGAUCAAAUACUUUGCAAUUACAAAAUUAAUUAAACUUUUUGUUAAGAUUAAUUAGGUGGGAGUUAACAAAUAUAAACAUUACAUUCAUUCUUAAGUGUAAGUUUUCUUUAAAGCAAUGAAGUUUCAUUUCAGCAUACCAUUUUAUAUUUCUUGGUAUAGUAUUUUGAAUAUUGAGUUAGAUAUAAUGUGGGAGCAGGGGCAUCAAAUCCUUUAAAUGCUGAGGGCCUUAAUCCCGUCCUUGUUGCAUGCAUGAUGUCAAUGAUAAAAAACUAAAAAUCUAAGCAAGGAAUUAUUAUUUAAGAAUUGUGUAGAUAGUAUAAGUCUCUAGAAUAUUUUACAGAAAUAAUAUUUCCUUUGUUCACUGCAUUUUUUUUAUUUCAAUUAUUCAUUCAUUAUUACUAAAUGCUUAGCAUGCACAGAUUUCAGAGGAAUUGAAGAAUCAUAAAUAAUGAUAUAAAAAUAAGAUUUGCUUUUCAAAAAUUGAUAAUUUCUUAAACUAUUUUUUUGUUAGUUUACAUUAUUCAAUUUAAAGUCUAUGGAAUAAAUGGAAUGGGAAAAUCAUUGAAACAAGCGUCACCUUUUUUUUUUUAAACAGUAUUUUUAUAGGGGGUAUGUUUUUAAUAGUUAUUCUGUUGUUUUUUUUCUUCAACCCAUUGUACUUAGUUCAGUUAUUUUCUUAUAGUUAAAGGUAGAAGGAAUUUUAAUUUAAAAUUGUAAUCAUGAGUUAUAAUAAUCUGAGGAUAAACCUCAGCAAAUUAUUUCAAAGUAGGAGAUUAAAUCAAGAAUCAAUAGAGAAGAUUAUUUAUUUAACCAUUUAACCAACUGUAUAUUGACUGAUUUUUAAAUGUUAUUUUAGUAGGCAGGUUGAGAUAGACUUUUAAUUAAAUUUCCCAACAACAUAAAGAAUAUGCUGUAACUAAUAUAAUAGAUAGAAUUUUGCUUUCUUAAAAACAACUUAACAUAUUUGUAUGGUUUUGAAGAGCAGAUAAGAAAUGAAGGAACAUUUUCAUGGUUUUAAUUUUUUCUAAAUCAUCAAAAGCUGCUUGGAUCACAGAGACAAUAAGAAUUAUUAAUAUAAUUUGUAGCUCAACAUUGUUGUAGCCCAUUAUUGUUUGUUAUUUCUAGGUUGCUUAGAACUCAAAAUUCAUUAGAAAUUAUUAGGCAUACAGUAUUCCAUUUGUUUAUUAAGACUUAAAUGAUGAGCUUGUUUUACUGUGCUUUCCCCACAAUAUAAUGUAAUGAACAAGAAAGAAAUACUCUAUCUACCAUGCUUUAUUCAUUGGAAAGGUGUACAUGACAAGAUGCUAGCAUUACAAUGACUUACUAGAAAGUAUUUCCAUGGAAUGUUUCUUUAAACUAUAUAUUAUGUUGAAUUUCAGAUGAAACAAUUACUUCUUACUGGCACCAUGAAAGAAAAAUCACCUGAAUAUAUAGAUUUACUUUUGGUCAUUGGUAGGGAUGACAAUGAGGAUGGAGGAUCUGAAGAGAUCAAAAUGGAAGACCAUAGACUGCUGCGUUCCUACUUCAAUGAUCUCACUCGUGGGCAUUUAAUCAAGUUAGUAGAGAAAAGGUGAGCCAUUGCUUGAAAUCAAAUCAUACUGUAUAAAAAUAUGAGACAUUAAAUACUGCCAUUGACUUUUAACCAGUGCUGUCAGAAAAGUAUUUCUGAUCCACAUAUUUAAAAAAGCUUAAAUUUAUAUGAGGACUUUAAUCUAAUCAACAGAACCAAUAUGCAUCCUUCUUAUAUAAGCAGUACUUUUUGUAAGAAAGAAUUGUGCCCAAACUCAUUUGUUCAAUAAGUUAAAUUCUGCAGAGAAAAGCACAAUAAUACUGGGUGUAAUAGCCUAUGUGUUAACGUAAUUUUACUUUCAAAGUAGAGAUAAUGCAUCCAACAUUUCUCUUUUUUUUUGUAUUGAUAGUUACGUCUAUGAUUAUAUUUGUAGGGCUGUACCGCAUCCUCACCUCCCUUGAUUGGGAAGAGGUUAUUUACAUUCUAAUUUAUUCUAAAGAAUGCUAUCAAGUGAUAGAAUUCUUUUUAUGAGGGUUCCAACUCUCUCCCUAUAAAUAAACUGGCAGCUUUCGCAGCCAGUAGAGAUUUUUGCUAAUUUUUCUAGACAUUUACGAGCCUUACAAGAUUGUAUACUUUGUGUGUGUAUAUUAAUAUUAAAAUUUGUAUCUUUUGAGGUUUAUACGUUUACACUUGUCAUGUUGUAAGUCAAUAUUGUUUUUUUUAUCUUUAUUUGUUUUUGUAUUUUUAUAUAAACUAAAUAGUAUACCGGUAACUUAUUUGAAUAUUGUUAAUAUCACUAGCUUCUGUCUAAUUUUUCUUUGUAUACUGGUUUUCAGUCCUUUGUUACGUAUUAUUCAUUUAGUGAGCCAAAUCUUAAAACUAACUGAAUUUGCAAAACCAUAUAACGGUUCAUUACACUUACACUGGGUGCAAAAGGUUUUUACACAAAAAAAGCACUGCUAAAAAGUAUAAAUACUGGUUAUAUGAAAGCAUGACACAAAAUAUGUGUUCAGUCCCCAAUAAAGAAAUGUUUUUAAACAUAAUGAUGUCUUUUACAAUCAGCUGACAUUCAAACAGAAUAUUCUCUUUUUCCAGGAACGCUUGGACGAAUGAUUUAAUGUAUUACAGGAGAAAACUCCAAGAAAGAAGUAGAAGAUUAUUAACCUUUGGUGCUGUUAUUGUGUUAGUAGUUGUUGCAUGGAUAAUUACAUAGUGCAAAUUUUAUGUGUACAAAUUUUGAGUAAAGCCAUUAAGUAUGGCCUACGAAGAGAUAUAUGAUCUAAUUCGACCCCACUUGCCUUUUUUUCUUUCUGAUUAAGAUGUACAUUAAGAGCAUGUAACAGAAUAAGUCAAGGUAUUUUCAGCUCAUUGGCAAAGUGUCCUUAACAAAUAACGUGCCUUGCAUUCACAUUGAUGUCAACAAGUCAAAUAAGGCAUAACUCCUGAGUAAAGAGGAUGAUAGACAAUCUCUACAUGUCACAGUUAAUAUCACAAUGCAACAAAGAGGCAACUUGUAAUAUAAUAAAUAAAGAAUAUUAUACAAUAGUUAAUAUUGCAGGGUAACAAAGUUUAUUAAGUCUAUAGCUGCAGUCUUCAACUUUUUUUAUUAUAAAACCACAUGUCAUCAGUCUGUUUGCAUUAGUAAGGAAUGGUGUCAGAGCCAUUUUUUACCCCUUAUUUAAUUUUAAAAUUAUAAUGUUAUAGCUCAAAUGACCAUAUAAAUUGUUAAACAAACAAAAAAUUCUUAAAAACAAAGGAAGUAAAAAAUUUGUCUGCUUUUGGACAUUGCUUUAUUGGCUGCUAUAUAUAAAUUGUAUUUAUUAAAUUUUUCCAAACACAUAGUAUAUUCUUACAAUGAGCCAGAUAUUUGAGGGUUUUAUUCAGACUCAAACAAAAAAAACAUUACAGGCAGUGGUGAUAUGGUGAAAGAUAUUUUAAUGAUUAAGGAAACUAUCGUAUUUUUAAAAAAAGUAAUUUAAUGUGUUUAAAAUCGGAAAUUCAAAUUUUUUUUAAAUAACUUUUUAUCUAUAGCCAUUGUAUUAAUACUAAUCUCAGUAACAGAGUUUCACAUUAGUGGCUACAUCACCAUCUAUUCAUUUGAAAACUAAUAAUCCAUUGGAAUUCCCCACAACCAAGCAUUAUACUUAUUCUGACAGGACACAGCACAGUAAGGUUUUAACUUUAAGUUACCAAGCAAAUACCAAAAAUUAAAUAGUUAAAUCUCUCUAUUUUCUGUCUAUAGAUUUAAUUUAUUUCUUAAGUUGUGUAACACUUAAAAAGCUAACAUUGAAAAAAAUCAUCAUUAAAUCACAUGGCAUGUUUAGUUUUAUAAUUACCUUUUACAGUUUAUUUAGUCAUUUUUGUUUUUUUAAUUUUGACACUGCAGCAAUCGCUUUUUGGAUUUAAUUUAAAAAUAGUUUGUGUGUAAUUUUUUUUCCACAGCUAAAGGCUAUGUAUAGGCAGCAUAUUAUUUUCUUGGAGCAUAAGUGAGUCACAAAAUAUAUUUUCAUGAAACUUUCCAGCUUACUCCACAUUCUCCAAGUUCUCCCUAUCUGCUUUAAGCGCGUUGCAAAGUUGUAUGUGUCAUGCUCUUUUUCAGUUGGACUAAAUGUUUUCUCAAGACUUUAUAGUGGAGUUAAAUUGUCCAUCCUCAAGAUCUUAUUAAACAAUUUUUUUUAAUUUCAUGUGCAAAUAUUUGUUGAUGAAACCAUAUCCUGCAUUUUUAUUUAGUUUUAAUGUUAUUUCACAUUAGUCCAUGAGGAUAAAAUUCACAUUUGAUUUUAAAAUUGAAGAAUGACUUUUCAAUGUUCUUUUUUUACCACAUAAUAUUUUAUAUUUUUAUUUGUAUGUCAUAAUUUUUUCAAUAUUAAAAAAAUAUUUUAUAAAUGUUUCCAUUUUUAAUCUCCUAAACAAACAGUGACAUGUGGCCUGAAGCACUCAUUUCCUUUUAUGUUCUUAAUUUUAUAAUUUUGAAGUAUUUCCCCGAAUUCUGGUACAACAUACAAUAAGUCCACAAACAUAUCAGAUUUGCACAAACAAAAAUUGACAGGUUCGGAGAAAAAUAUUUAUUUCUGAGUUAACAACAAGAAUCCAUUAACAUGCUACAAACAACUUAUGAACUUUUUGCUGAAUAGAAAAGUAAGAUAAAAUGCAAAGCUUAACAUGAAUUAUGAUUGUGUUUCACUACUUUUUCAAUGUUUCUUUUUCAAGUGGUUCUAAAUUGAAAUUAAAACAUGAUCAUUCCUCAAUUACCUCUAAAAGUUCUUGAAACUCCAAAACAUAUUUGGGAUUAAAAUUAGUUGUGCAUCCCAAGAUCAUAUUUUGAGAGGGAUAUAAUUUGUAGUAUAUUAUGCACUUCUUAUAGUUGAAAGCUUACUAUUUUGACACAUUUUUCUUAGGAACAUAUAUGCUGCUUUAUAAAAUUGGUUUAGGGUUCGGGUUAUCUUCCAUUAGGUUUUCAAAAAUUAUUUUCAUUUAUUAUUUUUGUGAUGAAUAUUUUGUUCACAUAUUGCCAAAUAAUUACAUUGACAUGUAACAAAGGAAAUUUUCCUAAAAGUUAGUGGCAUCAAAGUCAAAAUAUGAUUAAUUGAUGAAAUUUUGUAAAACGUGAAAAUUCUGUUAUUUAUAUUUAUAAAUUAUUUUGUUAUUUUAUGUACACAUUAUUUUUUGCAAACUUGACCGGUAAAUCAAAUGUAUUUAUUGAUAAUAAAACUGUAAUGAUAA